AGCACUAUGUCCGGACAUGUAGAUCUCAUAGCGGCUUGGCCUUUGUUAGCGAGUCGCUGAGAAGAACCAAGAAAGCCGAGGAGCCGCAUUCAUGCACAUACAGGGAGGAAAAUGAUCAUCUGCACGAAAAACAUGGACUAUCUCCUUGGAACCCAGUGCCAGUUCGUUCAAAAUCAGGUGAUGGUGAACUCUGAGAAAGACCGUGCUUCUCUCUUGUGUAUGAAGGCUCUGGCCAACAGGGGGCGUCUGGACUCGGUGUCUCAGCAGAUGGCCUCUCACCCACAGUACCUGGAGAGUUUCCUGCGCACACAGCACUACAUCCUCUAUAUGGAUGGCCCAUUGCCCCUGCACUACCGCCACUACAUUGCCAUCAUGGCUGCAGCACGGCAUCACUGUAGGUACCUGGUGUCUCUGCACUCGGCUCAGUUUCUGCGGGUUGGCGGAGACCCGUUAUGGCUUCAGGGGUUAGAGGCUGCGCCCCUGCGUCUACGGCACCUUGAUCACAUCAACAAGGUCCUGGCCCAUCAGCCUUGGCUCACGGCACGCUCGCACAUACAGGCUCUGCUCAAGACGGGGGAGCAGUGCUGGUCACUGGCUGAGCUCGUCCAGGCUGUGGUUCUGCUGGCCCACUGUCACUCCCUCUGCAGUUUCGUUUUCGGUUCUGGUUCUGACUCGGACACCACUUCCACUCCCAGAGUGCAUCACGGCACGCCCCCUGGCUACUGUCUCUGUGACGCUGCCAACGGCAACACUGCUGGACCCACAGAGAAGGCGCCACGGCGAAGGUCCUUAGACUCCAGCUGUGAAGUCACUUGCCUUCGAGAACAAAUUCAAAUAUCACAGGAGGAGAUCAAGGAAAGAAAAGGAGACCGACUCCAUUCACAGACACUCCUACAUGCAGAUGUGGAGGAGGAGGACGAGGCAAUGUUCUCCGCAGACCCCUCCCGCUUCGUCACAGACCCAGAAUUCGGCUACCAGGAAUUUGCCAGACGGGAGGAGGACCAUUUCCAAGUAUUCCGGGUGCAGGACUAUUCAUGGGAGGAUCACGGCUUCUCGUUGGUGAACAGGCUCUACUCUGAUAUAGGGCACUUGUUAGACGAGCGAUUCCGCAAUGUGGCCUCCCUCCCUUUCCCUCACAGCCCCGAUCUCAAACGAGCCAUCUGGAACUACAUUCAUUGUAUCUACGGCAUCAGGUAUGAUGACUACGAUUAUGGGGAAGUCAGCCGGUUACUGGAGCGUGGAUUGAAACUUUAUAUUAAAGCUGUGGCCUGCUAUCCCGACUCCAGCAAGACCCCUCUAUGCCCACUGUCCUUGGCCUCUGUCAAAGCUUCAGAGAAGGUUCAUGUAAAUUUGUUAGUGAUGGAGGCACGUCUGCAGGCCGAGCUGCUGUAUGCGCUCCGAGCCAUCACUCAGUACAUGAUCGCAUAGGACACGAGCGUUCAGCGCCACAGAGAGACAUGGUAUAGCGAAAGUCAAGGCAAAGAAAUACAAGCAGAGAUCUGUCUCUCCGUCUCUGUAUUUGUUGUCUCUGAGUUUUCCGGUGUGAUGUAAGGUACUGCUGUGAAACGUUUCUUUGCCAAAGGUGAAACUUUAGAAAGAAAAAAAAAAGGUGCAAAGCAAUCGCUCUCACCCCUACUGUCAUUUUGCAUGUUUCUCCUACUUCCUUUUGUUUCUGUAUUUGUCCUUUUGUGCGCAUACUCUUAUUUUUCUACCUUUUUCUUCCUUUUUUUUUUUUUUUAGUAUCGUUAUCUCAGAUGGUUAAUGUGCAAUUAUUUUUAUUCAGUUGUGGUUGUUAUUAUUAAUAUUUUCCCAUUUGUUUGUUUUUUGCUGUUGCUUUUCAACUGAGUGAGAGAAGAAGUGUACAACUGUCCAUUUCCUAGGUAUCCAACUCUGGGAAGGUCAUAGCCAAUUUGAGUCACUGUUUACAGAAAAUGAGUGAUUGGACAAAGGCUCUUGCUUAACAUGGCUUCCUGAUAUUUCAUUUGAAUGUGGAAUAGUGAGACCAGAGCAAAAUUUAACAAAGGCUAAGAGAAGGUUCAACGGCUGUAACUUUCUUUUUAAAUGAGCACUUUUAAGACAGUAUCUAUCUAUAGAAUAUCUCAAUAAGCUUUCGGCUGUGGCUUCGUUCUGCACACAGCAGGUCAUUGAAGUACUGUUUUCACUCCUUUCGAUCGAUUAUUAGCAUUGAUGUUUUCCAAAAUCUUCCACACGCUCUUCUCUCUGCAUGGGUGCUAUAAGUGAUUAAAAUGGGUACAUUUAUAGGAUCCAUAUUUAUCAUCCGAUUCAUCUCAGUAGGCAUCUAAACGGCUUUACAAUGUGAAGAUCUAAAUUUGACGGGAUCAACGCAGUGAAAAGGAAUCGCUUUUUCUAAACUACUUUUCUUUGUGGUAGUGUUCUCAGUGUUUCUCAGUGACUUUGGGCGGACAGUCAGUUUUACCCGCUCUACACAAACUGGCCAAAUCGACACAGUAUGUAUUUGAAUUACAUCAUCUGCUAACUUGGAAAACAGUUUAAAUAUCAUUUAAAAGUAGGUCUUUAAUUUUGAAGUAAUUGGCCCACUGAAGUGAUUCUGAAAGGACCAGCAUUUAGCGUUUAGGUUCGUGUUGUGUUGGCGUCUCCAGUGUAGACAUUUGGAUCAGCAACAAUUAGGAUUUGUUUUAAAAUAUUUUACCAUGUAAAAAUUAAAAAGUCACCUUGUGAUGUAAGUGAGAAGGAGCUCAAAUGAGAAUAAGCUUAAAAUGUGAUUUUAAUGUAGACACGCUGGUAUAGAUCAAAUGAAGGACUUCUGACAGAGCUAUAUAAGAUGCGUAAAGGUUUUAAAGGGCAGCCUGUCGCUAUCCUUCCCAUAACCGACCUGCACAAAAUUGACAUUUUUUUGGUUUUGCACUGAACCUUUUGCACAAAACCCUACAAGUGUGGUUGCAGCUGUCAUUGUUACAAACUGCUUGGAGAGGUGACGACGGGCCCUCUAAUGCCAUGAAUAUAUUCAAUGUCCAGUUUUGUUGACUUGGCCAAAUACCUGUACUGUGUUAAACUCUCAUCGGUCUGGUUAAUUAUAGUUGGCAGAAUGACUUGGGCAACACCUAUGGUUGGUUUUGUGUGUUUAUUUUUAAACAUUGCAUUACUUUUGUUCCUGUUUAAACUUGUCUUGUCAUUUUGAGGGAGGGUUAUGUUGUUGUUGUCAGUUUUGCUCUUGUCUGAACUGUUUAGAUUAAGAAACCAAGGUAUGUAAAUCAGCAGAAAUGUGUACAGGAGCCGCAGUCUGUGCUGGACGCACAGUGCCUUUUGACUACUGAUGAGUCACGGCUCAUCAGUAUGGCAGAACUGGACUCAGAGCUAAGCCUCAUGCUACUGCAUUAAUUCAAGCUGAGAAUGGAAGAUGUUCAUCGUCCGGAGGACAUCUGGAGAUGUUUGUCAGGAGCAGAAUAGGACUGCAGCACAGCCGUUCUACCUUAAGCAGGACUGUCUUAAAUGCUUGUUCUUCAAUGACGGUUUGCCACGUCCCUGAAACGUGGAGACUUCCAGACCGUCUCCACCACCUUAGCUGGAAGACGUUAAGGACUGUGCCUCGGCGGAGGAGACUGAACGAGCAUGGCUAUUGCCAAAAUGUUUAUUUACCACGUAAAUGUAGGAACUAUAAAAAUUUAAACUGACAAAAAG